UUUAUCAUUGUAUUUCACCACAACCGACGAUUCGAGAUGAUUAAUGCAUAUUGAUCAGAAAAUCGACGGUUAUUAAUUAUUACUUAAUCAGUUAAUCUUCUCUCCCAACCUACAUUUCUCCAUAUUGUUCAUCGCCUCUUCUCUCAAUCCCUCAGGCAGCUGAAAAUGCCAGGCUUUAAUUGGAGGGAAUGCCAAGGCGAGGUUCCGGUUCCCGGCCAGGCCACCGGCGGCGGAUGGAGGACUCAGCUACCUCCGGGUUCCAGGCAUAGAAUCGUAGACAAGAUAUUAGAGAUAUUGAAGAACCAUCUUCCCUUCUCUGAAGAAGAGGAAUUACAGGAUCUUGAAGAAACUGCUCUCAGGUUUGAGGAAAGUAUUUUUACUACGGCAACAAGCCAGUCAGAUUAUUUAAGAAAAAUAUCUUUGAAAAUGCUGGGGAUCGAGAUGAAAUCCCAUAACCUUAUGCUGAACUAUCUUCAGAGUAAUGCUGCAAGUGCUAGCACAAACUUCCAAGAUCCAGAGGUGGCUGCAAGCAUGCAAGUCAGUGAUUGGAGGAGUCAACUACAUCCAAAUUCCAGGACGAGGAUAGUAAAUAAGAUAGUGGAGACAUUGAAGAUGUAUCUUCCUUUAUCUGGACUAGAGGGAGCUCUGGAAAUCGAAAGAAUAGCUGUUAGGUUUGAGGAAAAGAUACAUUCUACGGCAACAAGUCAGUCAGAUUAUUUAAGAAAGAUAUCUUUGAAAAUGCUGACAAUUGAGACGAGAUCUCAGAAUAAUCCUAUUGCUCUCCUUUCUUAAUGCUGCAAAAUCCAAGAUCUAGGGUGUUAGAGGUCUUCCAAAUAGGAAAAUUACACCGAGCAGUAGCUGCUCGAAGCACAUACGCAGACAAAUGUAAUUUGACUUGCAUGCCAUUCUCAGCUGCAUCUCCAUUCGGUUCCAGUCUUUUGAGUAAUGCUUCUGUUUGUGUAGGUAGGUUGAGUUUCUUCAGUUUUAGGUGAUUUUUCGGAUAAACUUAGCUCCGUGUGAUGCAGAUGACGCCACUUUGUGGCGAGGUUUCGCGUAUAUAGAGCUUCGGAUGGAGCAGUUGUGAUGCUAAGAUUGCGCUGCUGUGUUUCAAGAAUAAUAGUAAUUGUUGGAUAGUAUGCAGCCAAUAAACAUAAGUGUAGGAAAUUGUAAUGAAGAAAUUGAUGAUCGUGGAAAAUUGUCUCAAACUACUGCAACUCAAUUGCUAUAUACUUUGCUUGAUGCGUGUGAUAUUAUGUGGUUUGUUAUGUGUAAUAUAUAGCAAUCAGAGACGGAGCCAACCCCCGGGCUCGACUCGGCGAUCGUCCAGGAAUUUGUAGUAAAAUAUUUUUCAAAAUGGCCUCGAACAUUAAUCGAUAUGCCUACGUGAAUUGUUAUUUAUUUCAUUUAUCAUUAAUAUUUUA